CCUAAAAAAAAAAAAAAAAAAAAGAAAGAAUAUGUUGUUAAAUUAUCUACUGGGAUUCAUUUUCAUAUUUCUUCUGAUCACCAAGAGAGGGAUUUAUCACAUCGAGUGUGUUGAAUCUGACCAGAUUAAUAACACUGACCUGCAGUCACCUAAAACAGAUGUUUCCUUCGGGGACAAAAAACUUUUGGUCAAGAUUUCCUAUAAGUCACCUUGGAAUGACUCAGCGGUUCAAGUGGUCAUCAUGAAACUGGAGCUCAAUGACAACAUGCAGGUUCCCUCUAAUGGUGACAUUCAGAAAGAGGGUGUGAAGCAGAAGGUUUAUUGCAAUGGACUGUGGAAGAUAUUUUUUUGGCUUCUGGGAUUAAUUUUAGAUUUCUUUUUGGAUUUAAAGUUCAAGACAUCCUAUGUAGAAGAGUGGAAGGCUCUUCUCAAAUAUCAUACUGACAAUGUGAAGGAUAAAAAUAAACAAUCUGCAGUUGUUGGCAUUUUCAGAAAUGGCGAGGAACCAAUUUUUUCAGAGAUAUUUUUGCCAUCGUUUAGGAAACAUCCUGAGCACGCAGAGAAAAAAUUAAUACCAACCACUGACAUGCUUUUAGAUCAAUCAAACACCACACAGACAGAGGGCUGUAUUCUUAUUUAUACUCAUCACAGCCCAUGUUUUAAGAGAAAUGAACGGGGAAAUGACACCCCCUGUUUUUUUCUCAUUUCUGACAAAGCUUAUGAAUGGCAAAAAAAACACAAUCUUUCUACUGAAGUUGGAUUUUCAAGCUACUGGGGACCAAUUAGCAGAACAAUGUGUGAAAACAAACAAAACUACAUGGAAACAUAUUUAAAUGAUAUGAUAGCCAGCUUUGUCAUGAAACAUCCCAAGCUGAUUCUCGGAAGCAACUGCAAUUUAAGGUGUUUUUUCAUUAACAAUUUGGAAUAACAAAUUAGGAUAUUAAUUGAAUGUAAUUAGACCAGUAAUUAGGCAUUUUUUAUUUUGGUAACAAAAUAAAUAAAUGUUGUGUGCCUUUU